AGACGCUUGCGUGACGCAGUCUGAAGGAGCGCGCGAAACUCCUGUCAGUGUUGUUAUCGGUUCAUGCUGCUUCGUGAACUGAAGCCACACUGCAUUUUAACGCUGUUAGGCGUUUUUUAAUAUAGAGCCAUUUAAACACGGAAGGUUGUCAUUUACAGGAAAUAGUUUCCCGUUUGCCUCGCUUGUUAACGGAGAGCCGUCGUCCUUCACAGUUCACCAACACUACCACUAAGCUAGCGGUGAAACCUGUUUGUUUUUAGCCGCAUGGCAGCUAGCUGUCUCCUCGAAGCGGACACAUUGUAGAGGUUGGUAGUACGAAGACCAGGAUGGCAGCACUGCUUCAGCAUCCGUGCUACGAGGAGGAGAGGCUGCGGAGGGUCGCGGACAAGUUACCGUGCAGAGAAGUUCAAGCUGGGACACUUCUGUCAGUGAUGGGAGGGCCGGAACAACACAGCUUCCCCUCCAUCUUCAUCUAUGGCCAUCGUGCAUCAGGGAAGAGUCAUGUGAUACACAUGUUGCUGAGGGAACUGGAGCUGCCUCAUGCCACAGUCAGCUGUGUUGAAUGUGUCUCUGUUGCGCUCCUGUUCGAACAAGUGCUCCUGUCCCUCUUUGGCUGCGAUGCUGCCUCCCUGCUCCCCCGCAGUCCCUCCCUGUCUGACUUUGUACGCAUCUACAGGCAGCAGUGUUCCCACUCCCCCGCUGUGCAGACACGAUACAUUGUGAUGGAAAAGGCUGAGCUUCUCAGAGACAUGGAUGCAAAUCUCCUCCCAGCUCUUCUGCGUCUUCAGGAAUUGGUUCAGGACAACGUGACUGUCAUCCUGCUCAGUGAAAUAGUCUGGGACAAGUUCAGACCCAACACGGGCUGCUUCGAACCCCUUCAGCUCCAUUUCCCUGACUACAGCAAAGGAGAGCUGCAGCAGAUCCUGGCCCAGGACAGCCAUCCAUCUUAUUCUGCAGAGCUCUACUCGUCCUACAUCAACAUCCUCCUGGGAGUCUUCUACUCGGUGUGUCGGGACCUCCGAGAGCUUCGCCACCUGGCUGCCCUCAACUUUUCCAAAUUCUGUGAGCCUCUGGAGGAAGGAAAAGUGAAAGAGAGUGACACGCACAAGCUGUGGAGAAACAUUGAGCCUCAUUUGAAAAAAGCCAUGCAGACUGUGUAUCUUCGGGAGGUGUCCAGUGUUCAGUGGGAGCAGCUGCAGCAAAUGGAGGAGAAGGACACUGGAGCCGUGAGAGGGCUGUCUGCUCACGCUCAUGUUGAACUUCCUUAUUACUCCAAGUUCCUGUUGAUUGCCGCCUACCUGGCAUCCUACAACCCUGCCCGCACAGACAAACGCUUCUUUGUCAAGCACCAUGGUAAAGUGAGAAAAACAAACUUCCUGAAGAAGCACGAAAAGACAAGUAACCAUCUCCUGGGGCCCAAGCCCUUCCCUCUGGACCGCCUGCUGGCCAUUUUCUACAGUGUUGUGGACAGCAGAGUGGCUCCCACUGCCAGCAUCUUCUCCCAGAUCUCCUCCCUUGUGACCCUGCAGCUGUUGGCUCAGGUCGGGCAUGAUGACCAGAUCGAUGCCCCCAAGUACAAAUGUGCCGUUUCUCUGGACUUUAUCCGUGCCAUAUCUAGGACGGUGAAUUUUGACAUUGUGAAGUACCUGUAUGACUUCCUUUAACUCUGCUGUGCCUAAAGGAGAGGUGACACACAGCGACAGUAAGACGAGAGAUUUCCACAAGGGAUUUAUACAGGAAUGCGCUUAAGGACAAAGUGUUUGGCCACAUGAUGAGAUCUAUCCCGCUGUCAGGGAGAACUUUGCAGCACCAACGGAUUCCAUUUGUGUGUCGCUGCCCCCUUGUGGUUGACGAGUGGCACUGGUUUUGUUUGGUUUUUUUGUGUGUGUGUUUUUUAAUCCUCUGCAUAAUCUCUGCCUCAGAAUGUGGGAUUCUGGUGUGAUAGACCUGUUUUCAAUACAACCAGCAGAAAUCCACAGUCAUUAUAGAAAAAAAUAAUGUCUGGGUAUAUUGACUAUUGGUAUUUGCAAUAAAUAAACAAGCAAUAUUGGUUAA